UUAUAAACAAAAAUAUCAGUGAGUUUAAUUAUCGAUUUUUGCUGUUAAUACGGCUUAAUUAAAUAUAAAAUGUUGACUAAUAAAGUGUUCUUGAGGAAGAACAAGCGAGGAAAUGUCCUUAAGAUAAUUAGAGAACAUUAUUUGCGUACGGACUUGUGGUGUGGCAGUAGAUGCUGUGUGAUAUGUCCACACGAAAAACAUGAUUUGAUAUUGUCUGAAAAUCCAACAUCCAGAAGUGCUUUAAUUAAGGAACCGCAUUACUUGCUUUUGGACACGAAUGUCAUACUUGAUCAAAUAGAUAUCUUUGAGGAGGAUGUGCUGAGUAAUGUGAUUGUCGUACAAACAGUUAUAGAUGAAGUAAAGCAUAGAAGUACGGGAGUUUAUAAGAGACUUCGAGAUAUUUUGUCGAAUCCAGCACGUAGCUUUUAUACAUUUGUCAAUGAGCAUCAUCGAGAUACGUACAUUGAGCGUGAGCCAAAAGAGUCGUCCAACGACCGAAAUGAUCGAGCAAUAAGAAAGGCUGCAAUUUGGUAUCAGAAUCAUUUAAACAAAAGUUUGAAGGAAACAAACAAGUCAAAAGUUAAGGUAAUUCUCUUGACUGACGAUGCAGACAAUCGUAGAAAGGCAAACGAUGAAGGAAUUGAAGCAUAUACUGUAGAGAAUUAUGUUAAAUCCCUUACUGAAUUCCCUCAUUUACAAGAUAAAUUGUGUUUAAAAGAAUAUGCAAAUGAUAGUGGUAAACUUCCUGUCUAUCCACCACAUUUAACAGUCGUACAGAUGCACGAUGGCAUAAAGAGUGGCAAAUUCUAUCAAGGUUCAUUUAUGGCAUCAAGGGAAAACUUUUUGGAAGGAAAUGUCAACGUCGAAUGCUUCGAGAAGUUUGUUCUCAUCCAAGGACGAGAGUCACUGAAUCGUGCAAUUGAUGGCGAUACAGUUUGUGUAGAAGUUUUGCCUGAAAGUGAUUGGUCAAGUCCAAGCGAUGUCGUUUUAGAGGAUAAUGAGGCAGAUCCAGUAGAUGAAAAUGUCGAGGUAAAUGAAGACGAAAAGAUAUUGAAAGAAUCUGCAAGUAACAAGAAGGAAAAGCAGACAACAGGCAGAAUUAUUGGAAUUAUUAAGCGUAAAUGGCGACAGUAUUGUGGAAUUUUAAAGCCGAAUGAAGUUCAAGGAUCAGCACGUCACAUUUUCAUACCAGCGGAUCGUAAAAUUCCUCGAGUACGAAUUGAGACACGACAAGCAGAAAAGUUGUACAAUCAAAGAAUAAUUGUAGCAAUUGAUCAAUGGCCAAGACAUUCUCGAUAUCCACAAGGACAUUUCGUGAGAAUUUUGGGUCCAUUAGGAGACAAAGAGACUGAAAAUGAAGUUCUACUUAUCGAGCAUGACGUUCCACAUAGUAAAUUUUCACAAGAGGUUCUUAAUUGCUUGCCAUCUCUUCCAUGGAUCAUUUCUGAACAGGAUUACAAAGAGCGUGUUGAUUUGAGAAACAUUACAAUCUGCAGCGUAGAUCCACCAGGUUGUACAGAUAUUGAUGAUGCAUUGCACAGUCGUUUGCUGCCAAAUGGAAAUAUUGAAGUGGGAGUUCAUAUUGCAGAUGUAAGUCAUUUUAUCAGACCUGGCACAGCGAUGGAUAAAGAAGCAGCAUUGCGAGCAACAACUGUUUAUUUAGUAGAUAAACGUAUUGACAUGGUACCCGAAUUAUUGUCCUCAAACCUUUGUUCAUUGCGUGGAAAUGUCGAACGUUUUGCAUUUUCAUGUGUAUGGGAAAUGGAUAAGGAUGCAAAUAUCGUCAAAACUAAAUUCCAUAAAAGUGUCAUCGAGUCGAAAGCUGCAUUGACAUAUGAAGAAGCUCAAAUCAUUAUAGAUGAUAAAAACAAGAAUGAUGACAUAGCAAAGUCUCUUCGACAAUUGAAUCAAUUGGCUAAAAUUUUGAAGCGUCGCAGAAUUGAGAAAGGAGCACUUGUGUUGGCAUCGCCUGAAAUACGAUUCCACAUAGAUAGCGAAACAAAUGAUCCAAUUGAGGUUCAAGCGAAGCAAUUGAGAGAGACGAAUUCAAUGGUUGAAGAAUUUAUGUUGCUGGCAAAUGUUUCGGUUGCCGAGAAAAUUGAAAAGGAAUUUCCUGAAUAUGCGAUGCUUCGUCGUCAUCCCACGCCACCCCAAGCAAAUUUCGAUCCACUUAUUAAAGCAGUACAGCAUCAAGGCUUUGACAUCGAUACAUCAUCGGGCAAGGCACUUGCAACAUCACUUGACAAUAUCGAAAAAGAUGAUAAUCCAUAUUUCAAUACGAUGCUGAGAAUAUUAGCCACAAGAUGUAUGUUGCAAGCAGUUUAUUUUAUAAGUGGAACGUUGACCCGCCCAGAAUUCUUCCAUUAUGGUCUUGCUGCUCCCAUUUAUACUCACUUUACAUCUCCCAUUCGACGUUAUGCUGACAUAAUUGUGCAUCGUUUGCUUGCGUCAUGCAUUGGUGCCGAUUCCAAUUAUCAAGAUUUGCUGGAUAAGACAAAGAACUCUUUGCUCUGCAAUAAUUUAAAUUAUCGAAAUCGAAUGGCUCAAUAUGCUGGAAGAGCAUCUGUUGCCCUAAACACUCAUCUAUUCUUUAGAAAUCGAACGGAAGAGGUUGAAGGAUAUGUGUUAUUUGUGAGAAAAAAUGCUCUGCAAAUUUUAAUUCCAAAGUAUGGAUUAGAAGGAACGAUUUAUCUUACUGGCAAGCAUACAAAUAGUGCUGUAAACUUUAUAUACAAUGAAGAGAAUCAAUCACAACAAUGUGGUAGCGUCAUAUUUCAUUCAUUUGAUCCAGUCAUUGUUCGCUUGAGUCUUGAUUCCACAAACAUACAGCAUGAAAAGCUUACAUUUGAACUUUUGAAACCAUACAUUGAAGGUUUUAGCAUUCAAUUAAGCGAUAAAAUGGAUAUUGACAAUGCACCUCAAGAGCAGUCAUCGGAUGCAACAAAAAGAAAAUCAAAAGAAUCCCAACCAAGCAAAAAGCUAUCAAAGAAAAAGAAGAGUAAGUGAGAAAAUUUUUUUUUGUAAAGAACUAAAUUGAGAAUAAAAGAGGUGUCAAAAAAAAGUCGC